AUGGCCAUGGCCAAGCCCGUCCUGAGCUUGCUCGUGCACCUGCACGCCGCCCUCCUGUUCCUGCCCGACCCGGCCGGCGUCGCAGUGUACAACUCUCUGACGAUCGCCAACUCGAAGAACGUGGUGGUGGCCGGCGUGCGGUCGGUGGACAGCGAGCUGUUCCACGUGGUGGUGCUGCAGUGCCACGGCGUGACGGUGCGCGGGGUGACGGUGGAGGCGCCGGCGGACAGCCCCAACACCGACGGGAUCCACCUGCACAUGUCCAGCCAUGUGUCGGUGUACGACGCCAGGAUCAGCACAGGCGACGACUGCAUUUCCGUCGGCCCCGGGAACUCUCACCUCUGGAUCGAGCGCGUCGCCUGCGGCCCCGGCCACGGCAUCAGCAUUGGGAGCCUGGGAAAGCAGCAGGGCAUGGAGGUGGAGGCGGUGCAGAACGUGACGGUGAAGACGACGUGGUUCACCGGCACCAUGAACGGGCUGCGGAUCAAGACGUGGGGCGGCUCCAAGCGCGGCUUCGUCACGGGCGUCACCUUCGCGGACUCCACCAUGUCCGGCGUCGACAACCCCAUCAUCAUCGACCAGAACUACUGCCCCGACAGCAGCGGCUGCCCCGGCGCCGGCAGGAGCUCCAGCAUCAGGAUCAGCGACGUGCGGUACGUGGGCAUCCGGGGCUCCUCGGCGACGCUGGUGGCCGUCAACUUCGACUGCAGCCGGAGCAACCCCUGCAGCGGCAUCAGCCUGCAGGACGUGGCGCUGACGUACCAGAACCGGGCCGCCGCCAAGUCCUACUGCCGGAACGUGCAGGGGACCACGCUCGGCCUCGUGCUGCCUCCGAGCUGCCUCUGA